AUGGAUCUCUGGCGCCCGACGCUGCUAGGGCAUCGGUCCAUUCCGGCCCUAUGGCAGCAAGGCAUGAGUAGGAUCGGUGCUAGUGAAGAAAAGCUAGGAGAUGUACAGAAAACACCAACGAGCAUCCAGGUCUACAAUGCCUAUCUCUUUGACAAACUCCGUCAGCGCAGUACGGACUGUGGCUUGGGCCUCGUAGAGGCUGAAGAAACGUUCCACCGCGCAGCACCACAAAUCAAACAGGAUAGUAUGCGAAUGUACGCAUCCAAGCGUAUCGAGCAUGAAAAAUUUGUGUUCGAGACGAUUCAAGGAGCUACCGAUGUAGAUCGGAUCCUUUGGGAAGCGCAAAUGGCAUACAUGGCGCAACGGUACGCCCUGGCUGCUGUGCUUUUACGCAGGGCCUCAGACUUGGAAUCAGAGUAUGCUUGCAUUUUCCUGGCAAAGAUGUUUGGUCUUGGUCUGUCUCGAUCGAAUGUCGUUCUAUUCGAACGUGACACGCUGCGCGGCAUUGCGUGGGCAUUGUGUGGACUUCAGCUCCUGCUCGCAAGUAUUGAGCAGCAGCGUGAUGCUACAAAAGUGCAUAUGUUGAGCCAGACACUGACAUUGCUCUCUACGCUGGUCUGUGCUCCUGAGGCUCUGCAGAUGCUUCGUACAGAUGACAAGCAUGCAGAUAUUGCAUGGUCGUUGCUUCUGCUUUUCCCUCGCUCAUGCGAGCUCUUGCACCCAGAAGCUCGCCUGCAGAACUGUAUGCCCUCUGAGCCUACGCGCGAGUCUAUUUGGAGUGCUAUGCGAGAUGCAUUGACACGCGUUGCGGCCUUCGAAGCACGCGCAGAGCUGGAUGAACUCACAGAGCAUACUAUGCCAGACGUGGAUCUGGUUCGCAUUCACCUGGGUGUUUUGUUUUUGGAGGCUUAUCUGAUCAUGCGGAACGCCAUCAAGGAAAAGGAGCCUAUGUUAGUGCAAGAUACCUAUACAGCAUGGUCUCGCUACCUGCAAGAAGGUCGUGAUAGGGCUACGCAGUUGAACCUUACGCCAUUUAGGCGUGUCGCUUCAGAAGGGCAGCAGUGGUCAGCACCCGAUCUAGAGCGCAAGAUGAGCGCAACGCUCUCCAACGCAGAAGUAUCGGCAUUGUCUUGCCGUAUUUCCCGCAUCUUCCCAUUCUCUGGUACGCAGAAGAAGGCUUCAGCUGUCAAGGCCCCGCCGUUGAAGGACAGUACGAACUAUAUGCAAAAAGUUGUGCCAGAGAGACGCGCGGGACGAGCACCCUCCGUCUCCAGUCGCAAAUCGGUCAUGUUUGCUGAACCGUCACGUCCCCAGCUGUUGUCUCGUGUAUCCACGUCCAGUGCAUCAUUUACGCCGUCGUCUGAUCAGGCACUGAGUCAGACAACGCAGCGAUACGAUGGUAUUACCAGCUCACGCCUUCGAUCUGUACCCGGCAUUCCUCAGCGCCAAGCAGCGAGCACAGACAGCAGUGUGGGUACACCGGGUGCAUGCCUUAUGCCUGAUGAACCCUCCUAUUUGAGUCGCAUGCAUGAUGAUAUUCCUUCCAGUCGCAAGCGAACAUCAAGUAUUGUCUCGGUGACACCUUCUUUAAUGUUCCCUGUGAAAGGACAAGUGGACGUUGUGCCUACCUUAAUGGACACUACGACAGGGUUUUCACCAAGCGAGAUGGUACACUCAACGAGGGCAUCCUCAGCUCUUGAUGAGAAUGACCGGAAUUCCCUGCGCUCUCGGCUGAAACGGCAAUCCUCACAGGCCUCGAUCCGAACCGUGGCGGGUUUCCGUUAA